AUGCAGUCGGGCGACGCAGAGCCUAUUGUCAGGAUACGCGAGUUGCAGAAGAACCAUGCCAACUUCGUGAUUCAAAACGUCGACCUCUCCAUCGCGAAUUCGAUCCGCCGGGUCAUGAUAGCGGACAUUCCUACAGUGGCAAUCGACAUGGUCGAAUUCGAGAGCAACACCGGCGUGCUGCCGGACGAGUUCAUCGCGCAUCGACUUGGUAUGAUUCCACUGGUCAGCACGGCAUGCGAUGAGGCAAUGCGCUAUACGCGGGACUGCACAUGCGAAGUUCGCUGUCAAUAUUGUGCCAUCGAGCUUGUCCUCCAUGUCUCAUGUAAUGAGAAGGGGUAUACCAUGGAGGUUACCAGCGACAUGCUCGAAGUCGUGCCGACCACCAGGCCGGGCGGUGGCUUCGGCUUCGAUGCGGACGACGGUGGAGAGGAGAUGGCAAAGCGGGUGGAAAACUUCGGUCAUCCUGUGGGAAAAGGCGAUCCGGACAAGCCGCCAAUCCUGAUUUGUAAACUGCGGAUGGGGCAAGAGCUUAAGCUUCGCUGUAUCGCGAAAAAGGGUAUUGCGAAGGAGCACGCCAAGUGGUCCCCUUGCGCAGCGGUCGGUUUCGAAUAUGACCCUCACAAUAAGCUCCGCCACACGACAUACUGGUUCGAGAACGACGCGCGCGAGGAGUGGCCACUGAGCGAGAAUGCGAAGGAGGAGGAGGUGCCACGAGACGACCUCCCCUUCGAUUACAACGCGAAGCCUAACAAGUAUUAUAUGGACGUGGAGACGGACGGGAGCUUGGGAGCGCAAGAAGUCAUCCAAAAGGGCCUGGCGGAACUUCAAACGAAACUCGCUAACCUCAUCCUCGGUCUCAAACCAGAACCCCCAGAAGCCGACGCAUUUCAAAGCGGCACUGGCGCCCCUGUCGGCCAUCCCAACGGGCACGACGCGGCCGCUGCGCCGUGGGGCGCCCCUCCGGCUGCGGGUCCCGGGAGUGCUUGGAGCCCAGGGCGCAUGGCCGGUGGGUCAACAGGGACGUGGGGCAGUCCCAACCGUGGGGGUGGGACGGCCGGGUGGGGCAGCAGCCCGGCGAACGCGGCGGCGCCGUGGGGGGCGUCGCCCACCACUGGCGGUGCGGGUGCGGGUAGUGCAGCUACGGGUGGAGGAUGGGGAUCGCCUGGGGCCGCGGCGGGUUGGGGCAGUCCGUCACAGCAGCAGAACGGGUGGAAUGUGGGCUAG